AGUGACGUUUCUCUCAAACUUAAAAAGAAAAAAUAAACAAAUGAAUAUAUUCAUAAAUAAAAAUGACUGCCUUUAAUGUUUAUCCGUUUUUGAAAAUAUCCAACAACGUGCCUGUUUUAUCCAAAUUUCUUCAUGAAUCAGUAGACGAUUUAAUAGGAAAAUCAACCCUUAAUUUUAACAACUACAACAGCGAUAUAGAGUGGACACCUGAAGACUUCGAGAAAGCCAAAAAAGAAAUCCAAAAUCUUUAUAGAAAUGCAAUAAAUAACAAAGAGUUUAAAUUGGACAUCAAAGAUGUAAACUCUGAAGUAAUUAAAUUAAUAGAAGACUGCUUUACUGUAAGAAAAAGUGAAAUCAUACAAAAAGUACUGAAAGAUGGGAUUGUUAAAAAUGGGCAUAAUUUAGUGGAUAAUAUCGAUUGGAGGUUAAAAUGGGUGAUGGGUAGUUCCAAAUUAGCAACAAUACGAGAGCCAUUAUUGCAAGUUGAUUUACAUUGCACCAAGUUUGAUAGAGAAGAGAAUGAAAUGAAAAAUAACACAGUCAACUUUGAAAUGGACAUUAAACAAGUCAAUAAUUUAAUUAAUGAAUUAAGUUCUGUACAAAAAGAAUUGGAACAUUCCUAAUUUUGUUUUUUUUUUCUUUUAAUGUGAACAUAGCCCAAAAUCUAAAAUAAUCAAAUGGUAUGUAUAUACAGGAUGUACCAAAAUCAC